CUCAGCUCCAUCAUUCAGGACGGUGCCAUUUGGACAAAACCAAGACCAGAAAAUUAAAGCUCCUGGUUGCAGAGCUUUGGAAUGGGAAGCUGAGAAAAGCUUCAAAAAAACACAAAAAUGGCUUCGCAUCAAGUCCUAAACCAUUCCCAUCAUCAGGUACGCGAUUCUUGCUCUACUCGAGUACGUCAUGGAUAUUCCAAAGCUCAAAUGUGCUUGAACAAGAUUCUGGGCAUAAUUUCUUCUAUCCCAUCUCAAGAAACCCCAAAAGAAAGUCCCGAUUUUGAAACAAAAGGGAGUGAGAACAACAAUAAUCGAGGGGUCGGUAUCGAUUUGAACCUGAGAUUGGGUCCUCUCGUGGAGUCUGAAGAGGAAGAGUCUCUGGCUGAGAAUGGAAACAACCUCAGUGCGUGUAGCGUUGUUGUGGGUAAAGUCUCUGCUGAGAGCACCGAUUCGGUGGCCGAGUCUGCGCCUGCUGUACAUGUUGAUCACGUAGUGGCGGUGGCGGCGGAGAAGAGCUCGGAAAGUGAAUGCGAUCCAAAAGAGAAACUCGCGGCGGAGAAAGCUGUGGAAGUUUCAGAGAUCACAACCCAGCAACGAGUCGAAGAAAGCAGCGAAAUUGACGACGACGACGAGGAGGUGGUGGUGGUCAAAACUGUGGCGUUUAAGAGAGAAGAAAACGAGAACAAGAGCACUGAUUGUCUGGGUUUACUGGUCGAAGCGGCAAGGCUGAUUUCUGGGAAUUUCGAAGAAGAAGAAGAAGAAGAAGAAGAAGACGACGAGUCACCGAGUCAUCAUCAUCAUCGAGGAAAGAAACUCAGCAGCGAGUUGGGUUUGGGGUUGGAGAAAUCGAAGAGGAAAAGGAAAAGGAAAAGGAAUUCAAGGAAAAACAGCAGUGGCGGUACUGUGGAGGAUUGGAUGGAGGACACGUCACCAGUGGUGAAGUCGAAACGUGGGAGGAACCAGGUGCUGCCUACAAGGUACAGGGAUUCGGUGCUCGAACCUUGGAAACCGUUGCCACGACCUCUGAAAUCGUCGACAACCACCGCGGUUUCUUCUAGGAAACCAAGGUCGAGGUGAAAAUAAAAAAUAUUGAAAAGUACUUUUUUUAAUUUAAUGAGAAAGAAAUGUUGGGAAGUACUUAAUUUUAGUACCGCACACAUGUGAGUUUUUUACGUGUUCAAAGUAGAAGAAGUACCAUAAUUAAAUAGAACAGAACACACAUGUUAGAGCAGUACUACUACUACUACUACUAGAACUAGAAGUCUAGAACUAGUUACUGAAGCUGAGAUUCCUAUUCCAACAUCAUUGCUUCUCAGUUAAAGGUUCAUGCAGUUUAGGUACUUAACCUGGACAUGUUUUUUUUUUUUUUUUUUGUCUUUUUUUGUCCUUUUCAUUUAACUAUGUAUAUUAUUAGAGUAGUAAAUAAUAAAUUAAUAUGGAGAUGUAGCCUGUAG